UGCAAAAUGGCGUCCACCUUGAGUCGCUACGGUCGACAUUUCUUUGCAAAAAAUAACAGAUUUAGCCAUCUUUCCAAGCGUAUUCUUGGAGUAAAUGCAGCAAUUUCCUCUGACCCAAGAAGGAAUUUGUCCAUCCAUGAGUACAUGAGCUAUGAUCUUCUCAGAGAGGCAGGAAUCAAUCUCCCGAAGGCGGAGGUAGCCAAGACACCUCAAGAGGCAUAUGAGAAGUCAAAGAGUCUUGGUGCGGAAGAUGUCGUCAUCAAGGCCCAAGUCUUGGCAGGGGGCAGAGGAAAAGGAACUUUUGACAGCGGUCUGAAAGGAGGAGUGAAGCUUGCAUACUCACCGGAGGAGGUGAAAGAUCUUGCUAAACAGAUGCUUGGAAGGAAACUAAUCACAAAACAGACCGGUGAAGGUGGAAGAAUGUGUAGUGCUGUUUUAGUGUGUGAGAGGUUGUACUCCAGGAGGGAAUAUUACUUCGCUAUCACAAUGGAGAGAGCCUUCCAGGGACCAGUACUGAUCGGCAGUUCUCAAGGGGGUGUAAACAUUGAAGACGUAGCAGCGGAAGAUCCCAAUGCAAUUAUUAAAAUACCAGUAGACAUCAUAAAUGGCAUUCAAGAUAAAGAAGCGAAUGAUAUGGCUAAACAAAUGGGCUUCUCCGAUCAGUGUCUUCCACAGGCUGCCGAUACCUUUAAGAAGUUGUACAAUUUGUUUAUUAAGAACGACUGCACGAUGCUUGAGAUCAACCCUCUGACUGAAGACAAUCAUGGCAAUGUACUGUGUAUGGACGCUAAGAUCAAUUUUGAUGACAACGCGGCGUACAGACAGAAAGCAAUCCACGAUCUGAAAGACUGGAGCCAAGAAGAUGAGAGAGAAGUUGCCGCCGCUGAACAUAAUCUCAACUACAUCGGACUAGACGGAGAUAUUGGCUGUCUAGUAAAUGGUGCCGGUCUCGCAAUGUCCACAAUGGAUAUUAUUCAACUCCAUGGUGGGUCGCCGGCUAACUUCCUCGAUGUAGGGGGCGGAGCUACGGCUGAGCAGGUGAAGGAAGCAUUCAAACUAAUCACUUCGGACACAAAGGUACGAGCAAUCAUGGUGAAUAUCUUUGGUGGUAUUAUGCAUUGUGACAUCAUUGCUAACGGCAUCAUAGCAGCAGCUCAAGAUCUCAAGCUCAAUCUUCCUAUUGUAGUUAGAUUACAAGGUUCUAAAGUUGAAGAUGCGAAGGCAUUGAUUGCAGCCAGCGGGAUGAGAAUCUUAGCGUGUGAUGAUCUGGAUGAAGCCGCUAAAAUGGUCGUUCGAUUGUCUACGAUUGUUGCUCUUGCUAAAGACGUCUCAGUUCAUGUAGACUUCCAGUUGCCGUUAUAAAAAACAAAAUUCAAAAUCCACUCACAAGUUUCUGACAGGAUGCAAUGAAAGUAGGCAGUUUGUUGUAAAUAUGAAGAAAACAAACAAAUGUUUCCACUGACAAUAUUUAGUUUAUUUAAAAAACUUUGUUUUUGUUCUAUGUGUCCAGUUUACUGACUAGCAAAAGUGUUGACAUUACCAAUGCCUCAUGACUAGUUCUAGAAAUUAUCCGGAAAUAAUUAGAAUAGAAAAAAAACACUGCGGAUUAGCAAAUCCACAAUACAAAUUUCUACACAAUUUCUACCGAUUUCAUGGAGCUUUUAUACAAAAAGUUUUAUUUAAAAUUUUAUUUAAAGUAGGUUAUGGAACUGGAAAUAUGGUCUUUGGACGUUCAGCAAAAAUGUACCAAAGGGAAAAGUAUAAUAGCUGGAAGUUUGUGCUAAGUGCCAGUCAUAAGUACACACAAUCUAUGUGGGCUUUGGUUGGUUCACAUGUGUUAUCUGCUUACUCUGUACUAGCUAAGCAUUAUUUUAUUUAUGAAGCAAAUUCUUACAUUGCCUUUGCUUAUACCAUUUCAAGUCUGAAUUCACACAAUAAAUGGAGUCAAAUAUAUUUCCUUUGAAAUAAUAAUAAUACUAUGUUUUCAAGUCUUCUGUUUUUUUCUAAAUGUUCUGAAUGAAUUUUUCUUGAAGUCUAUUUCAAAAUUGCAAAGUGUUUUUGUUACACACGGAAUGUUUGAGAUUAUUACAAAUUAUCAAAUCAAUAACUGUUCCAAAUUUCAUAAAGCACAAACAAAGCUUGCUUAGCAAAAACUAGUUACCAACCAGUAUACCAUACAGUAAUCAUUGCUGCAACUGGUACCCAACUCAUUUCUUGCUAAGCAAAGAAAUUUGCUCAGCAGAAUUUUGUGCUAAACAGCUUUAUGAAAUGUGGCCCUGUUGAAUAGGAUUUCUAUUUUAAGAUUAGACUUGGCAUGCUGACUGAGCAGUGAAUUUAUUUCAACUAUUUUUAAAAUUGAAGAAUUUGUUACAUUCUGAUGUGAAAUACAAGGAUAUUAAAACACAACAAAUGAAACUAAA